GUCGGGCGGUGAGCAGCGCCGCUUGGCACUCGCCUGUGCAUUGGCAGGGGAGGGCGGAACGCAGAAGUCCAAAGCACUGCUGGCAGACGAGCCAACGACUGGUCUGGACACUUUUCAAGCUGCGGACAUGGUUCAGCUUCUGGGAGAGCUGGGAAAGGCGCGUCGCUGUGCAACUAUCUUGACAAUCCACCAACCCAGGUCAUCCGUCUGGAGCAUGAUUGAGGACGUUUUGCUUCUGGCGCCAGGGGGCCAAAGCAUCUUCUGUGGGCCCACGGAGGAGGACAUUGGCAGCUUCGAGGAUAGCCCUUGCUGUGGGAUGAGAAGCAGGUUGAACAGCCGGCAAUGCCGGCACACAACGGUGGAAGCGAAGAAGUACACCGCGCUCCUGCUGAGCUUAUUGAGCUUUACGGGUGCCGCUCUACAAGGGGCCCUUGGGACCUCUGCGACGGCGGAGAUGGUGGUGACGAUGGCCCGGAGAUCAUGCCUGACACCGGAGGCUGCCACUGUGGCCGCCAGCUUUGAUCCGAGUGUGAGUGAUUCUGAAGAUGUUGCCUCCCCCUCGGCAUUAGUGCCUUGCUGGAGGUGUGGUGGCCCAACUGGAAUUGAGGGAUUACCUGGCCUUGAGGGAUUACUGAAAGGACUCACGGCCCAGUUGAUGCCGAUGAUCACCGAGAUGAUCCGAAAGGACGGCGCUGCGCCAAGCAAUGGACGAGGUGCACUGUCUGCCGCACCAGCCUCUCGCAAAGGCAAAGGUGCUGGUACAACUCCAGUUCCCGCGCAGCCUGGGCGGGCCGAGCCCGAGCAGGAGGAAGAUUCUUGGCGCACCGUGAGGCACAAGGAGUCAGAACAUUUCGAGCCGCGGAGCCAGGUACAGUGGUUGGCACGUGGGACAGAGGCUUUCGAUGAGGUCACUUUGAUCUACCACCACCGCAAAGGCAAGGAGUUUCUCUACAGGUUCCGUGGGACACACAAAUUUGGGGACAAAGACAUCGUCCCACUGCAAGGGGAGGUGGACAACGGCCAUGGAUCCGUUGGAGAGGUGUUACCGGCCCGAAGCCGUGCCCUGUCCCAACGUGAGAUUCCUGACCACUGCAAACUGGCAGAGGUCGAGAAAGACGGUGCUUGCCUUUACCACGCCAUCGCGGAAGGCCUCACUUGGCUGACACGCAAAAAGGAAACCCACCGAGACCUUCGCGCCCGAGCCAAUGCACACAUCCGGCGCCAUAGUGAUCAGUACUUGACAGAAUGGCAUGGCCUGGGUCCAUCCUUGGAAACACUGGUGGACGAAAACGCCGAUCGCGUCGCAGCUUUCAGCAAGGACUUGGAUUUGGCAGAGAAGGGAAGUGUUGAUACUGCGGCCUCGGUGUGGACUCAGGUGCCCGAAGACUUUGCGCCUCGGCCCGCCAAGUUCGGACUUUCUUCCAGUGCGAGCUGUGUCCGUAUCGGCGCCCUCUGA